AUGCACAGCUCAGAAGAACCACCAUUCGCCUUCUAUGAAGCAGGCCCCUCGAGCACCCCAAAAAGGAAGCCUGAUGAACGUACUCGGGCGGAGCAAGUCAAACGCGAUAAACCAGAGCAACUUUGGUUCUCGGCGAAUGAAGCAUUUGCAGAGGAGAGAUAUGACGAUGCUUUGGCAUUGCUUACGGAAGCUAUUGCCCUCGCUCCAGGGAACGCAUCUUACUACGUUACGCGUGCCGCUACCCACAUGGAACUGUGUCAUUUCGCUGCGGCCCUACGAGACUUCGAGGUUGCAUCGACAAAGACGACGUACGAGCCCAGCACAAUCAACCAUCUCCGCAUUGCCCGCUGUCGUCUUAUCCUAGGAUCUCCAUCCUCGGCACUCCUCGCCCUGCGGGAUGCCUUAUCCCUUGAUGCUAGCAAUGCUGAUGCGUUACAGAUGAGGCGCCGUGUGACGGAACUAGAGGGCCAUAUGGAUGCAUACAAGAAAGCCAUGGCUCGGAAGCAUUGGCGGUCGGCGAGGAACGAGUACGAGUCAUGCUUAUCUGUGUAUGCGCAGCAAGACAGCGACGCCCCUGAAUACGUCCAAUGCUGGGGUGUUGAGCUGCUGAUCGCGGAGGGCAAAUGGGAUGAGGCGACGAAGUCUGUGGACGUUUUGCUGCACAACACACCCAAUGACAUCGAGGUGAUGACACUCCGCGCACUAGUAUUGUUCUUGAAGGCGGAGUCGUCUGCGGCGCUGACACAGGUGGUUACGGUCUUGAAACUCGACCCUGACAAUCAGAAGGCCAAGGCAUUGUGGAACCGCGUGAAAGACGUAGCACGGCAGACGGAGAGUGGAGAGAAGGCUCUCCGGCAGAGCGACUACGAGACAGUCAUCAAUUCGUGGACUAAUGCAUUGCUGGUCGCUGGAGAACGAGAAGAGGAAGGUCGUGGGGGUAUCCUUCGCGCUGUACUGCUGCUGAACAGAGCUGAAGCCUUGUGCAAGCUGGGUAAAUCCUCCGAGGGCCUCAAGGACGUGCAGGAAUCACUGAAACUACACCCGACGUACUCCAAGGCAUUUCUUUGUAGGGCUCGCAUCAUGAUUGGUCUCGAACUAUUCGAAACAGCUGCGGUGGACUUCCGCGCCUCGCUAGAGCAUGGAGAAGCGACGUUGAGUGCUGAGGAGAGAUGUGAUAUUGAGGCGGAACUCGAGGACGCUGUAAGGCAGGCGGAAGAGAAGGAAAGCACUCAACAGGAUCAUUACGCCGUUCUCGGUUUGACCAGUUCUUGCACUGCGAGCGAGAUCAAAAAGGCAUACCGAAUGUUGUCACUCAAACACCAUCCUGAUAAAGGCGGCAUUGAAGAAAAGUUCAAGCAAUUGUCCAGCGCGUAUGAGAUCUUGUCUGACGAGGAGAAGAAACAAGCAUACGAUGCGACGCUCCAUAGAAGCUACCGCCAAUCUUGGUGGUGGGCACAAUAUAAUGAUGACAGCCACGACUACAAGACCAACUAUAACUACAAUGAAGCAUAG